CGGCCGCAUCCGGCGGGAACCACUGUGAAGGGUGGGGCAGCCGGUUAGACACCUCCCGCGGAGCUUGGGCGGCUCUCAGUUGGGUGUCCUGUGGCUGGCGUGCGGAGCUGUUGUGGAGUGCGUGCUGCUCCGGUCUCUGCGGCACGCCAUGCCCCUCAGCCUCUUCCGGCGCCUCCUCCUGGCGGUCCUGCUGCUGGUGAUCAUCUGGACCCUGUUUGGGCCUUCGGGCUUGGGGGAGGAGCUGCUGAGCCUGUCCCUGGCGUCCCUGCUGCCGGCCCCAGCCUCGCCAGGACCGCCCCUGGCCCUGCCCCGCCUCUUGAUUUCUAACCCCCAGGCCUGUGGUGGCCCCGGACCCGCUCCUUUCCUGCUCAUCCUUGUGUGUACCGCCCCGGAGCACCUGAACCAGAGGAACGUCAUUCGGGAAUCCUGGGGCGCCAUCCGCGAGGCCCGGGGUUUCAGAGUGCAGACGCUCUUCCUCCUGGGAGAACCUGUAAGACAGCAGCUUGCUGACCUGGCCUCGGAGUCGGCAGCACAGGGGGAUAUCUUGCAGGCCUCCUUCCGGGACUCCUACCGCAACCUCACCCUCAAGACCCUCAGUGGACUGAACUGGGUGAACAAAUACUGUCCUAUGGCCCGCUACAUCCUCAAGACGGAUGACGAUGUGUACGUCAACGUCCCAGAGCUGGUGUCAGAGCUGAUACAGAGAGGGGGCCCUUCAGAGCAAUGGCAGAGGGGCAAAGAGACAGCGGCUAUCCAUGAGGAGCACAAAGCCCAGGCAGUGCCCCUUCUGUACUUAGGCCGGGUACACUGGAGGGUGAGCCCCACUCGGACGCCAGAGUCCCGCCACCAUGUGUCGGAAGAACUGUGGCCGGAAAACUGGGGUCCUUUCCCACCCUAUGCCUCAGGCACGGGGUAUGUACUGUCCAUCUCUGCUGUGCAGCUCAUUCUGAAGGUGGCCAGCCGGGCCCCCCCUCUACCUCUAGAGGAUGUCUUUGUGGGAGUAAGCGCACGGCGAGGGGGCCUUGCCCCCACACACUGCGUCAGAUUGGCUGGUGCUACCCACUACCCCCUGGAUAGGUGCUGCUACGGAAAGUUCCUGCUGACAUCCCACCAGGUGGAUCCCUGGAAAAUGCAGGAAAUCUGGCAGCUGGUGAGCAGACCAAAUGGCAAAAGGACUGAGCCCUUUUGCUCCUGGCUCCAGGGAUUUCUGGGUACCUUGAGGUGCCGGUUCCUAGCCUGGCUCAGUAGUUGAGAGCCUGGGGCCACAGAAAACAGCACCUUAAAGUCAGAGCAGAGGCUGCAGUUCCCGUGGUGAGGUUUCCUCACAGCGGCCUCUGAAGCUGCUACCAACCAAGGAGAGAUAGAAGACUUGGGGCCUGACCUGCCAGCUCCAAAGACCAGGGAGGGAUAAAGCAAGGAGGGAGGGGCCUCAGCAGCGAUAAGGGCCCAAUAAACACGUCUCUCUACCUCAAGUGCAGUGUCUUACCAGGACACCAGCAUACCUGGAGAGCCCAUUGUUUCCAA